AAUAAUGCAUUCGCCACCGUUGAUGACAUCUUGGAGCUCCUGAAUUCACGAUCCAUUCUUGACAAAGACUCUUUUCUAAACUUCCCAUGGGGCCGGGAAUCUUACCUACGCACUCUAGUCCAUUUGCGGCCAGGUAAAAGGAUAUCAGCUAAAUGCUCGGACCCAAUACACACAUUCUGCGAGAAGCUCAAAUCUGGAUCAAUGUGUCUGAAGGGAUUCCCUCUUAUCCUUCAGCUCCUAGCAUUCAACAACAUCUCUUCCCAUUUUCGAUGUAAAGCCUACUCUCAUUCAAACUCCAGGGGUUCAUUUGCCAAAACAACCACCUAUUCAAAUGGAUGA